AUGGCGAACAAGGCAGCAGGCCACAAAAAGGGAUCUCGCGAGAACCCGAUUCCUAUUGAUGACGAAAAUACUUCUAAGGCUUCUAGCCGACGUACUCAAGCAUCCAAGUCUAAGGGUAACCGAUCUCAGGAGAACCGUGAACCUUGGCUGUUUGGCCCGACAGGCGAGGAGCUUCUUCAACCCUUGGCGGGGCCUUCGAAUGACGACCCCUUCAACACCUGGAAACCGCACCAAUCAUUACGCAAUGGAAGACUUGAAAGACGUCAAUAUCGUGAGGAAUCAGGGUUACCGUCCUCCGACUCGGAGCAGUACGAUGGCAUCUAUGAUAAAUACAGUGAAGAGGAGGUCAAGCCGAAGAAGCGUGGAAAGAAGCAAACCGGCCCGGCUCGUAAGCGCGCGAAGCAUUCUCCGGAGCCCAAGGUCAGCAGCUCCAAGGCAAUGGAUCAUCUGACGGCUAGAGUUGUGUACAAGAACCUUCGUGAUGACUAG